ACCCACAUUAAAAUAUCGACUGUCCUUGGCUACACGCGGCGUUUAUAUGCCCCAAUUUCACCACGUGCUUUGUCCUCCGUGUACACUGUUAUUUGUAUACAAACAUAUCGACCGGGCUGAACCUCCUCCCAUUAGCAACUUGAGCGCGAGUGAUGCUGAUAAGCAAAGGUUAAAAUUUGACCCGGAAGUGGUGGCAAGACACACGAGCAGCCGUUCAGUGGAUGAAUUUGUACACAAAACAAAGAGAUGGGACGGUGGGGUUUGGAGACUUAGUGAGUGGAUUAACGCUUGUAUCUUGCCAGGAUGUAUUUGAUGAGAUCCAAGAAGCAUUUGGAAAAUCAGGAUUUGAAGGAGUUACAAGAUAAACGUGAAAAAUUUGCCGAGCGACAUCGGGAUGGUUCUAGUCGAUCUUCAGAGUCUGCUUCAGUGGAUAAAAGUCCUGCAAAAACAAAUAAAAAAGAAGAAUUUACCCUAGAGGAGCUACCAGAUGGAGCUUGUUUUAGACCAAAGUCUGUUUUAUCAAAUGUUCAGGAUGCUGAAACGGCUGUUAGGCCAGCUGAGUAUAUUGGAAGCUUCUCUGUCCAAGGUGCUGACCAGAACGCUCGGGCAGAAUGUGUCCAGACUCACUUAGAGGAUAUGAGGACGGUGGACAAAAGUAAGAAGGUGCUGUUGGUCAUCUCACUGUCAGGGAUCAAAGUGUGCAGCAGCAAUGGGGAGAGUGUGUACAUGGCCCAUGCCCUGAAGCGGAUUUCCUAUGCAACAUGUGAUCCAGACCACUGCCAGUUUUCCUUCCUGGCGCGGGAACCCAAGGGACAUAUCAACCUUCAGUUCUGUCACGCCUUCAUCACCAGUACAUCAGAGGAGGCUGAGGAACUGAACACCAUCAUUGGGAAUGCUUUCAAGAUGGCUUAUGCACAGCAGAGAGUGCGACAGCCCACAUUCAAUGAGCUCAUCGAAAUGCAACUGAAUGAGCAGAAAGCAAAGUUUGCAGAAUAUCAGGUUCAGGCACAAAAAGAGUUCAAACAGAAGCUUACAGAGAUAGCCACUCCUACCCCGUUCUCAGAAAAGGCGAUCCAGCGCAUGGAGAUGAGGCGACAGUCCAGUAGCGACGAUGUCCAGGAGAAAGAACUUGUUGUGGGCAAAAAUAAACUAUGGUUUUCAUUACAACGUAGUCCCAUCAAGGCUAAGCAAGCAGUGGAUAAGGUGAAGCAUCGGUCAGCUGCCAACGAAACUUUAAGUUCCUCACCCCCGGGGCGCAGUGAGUCCCCCACUGUCGGAGGGCGGCCCCAGUCAGAGGCUCUGAUCCACAACUACAGUAUCGGAGACACUGCUAACAAACGUAACUCCACUCCAGUACACUCCCUAAAUCAGAACGCUUCUUCCCUAGCAUUUCUCCGGAGUUCCUUUGACAGUACAAAUAACUCGGGGAAGAGUAAGGGAUCUCCAGUGACCGCGCUGAAGGACGCUAUAGACAAGGGCUUUUGUAACGGUUCUUUAUCUAGUCAGGACAGCACAGACUCCGGUGGACUCCUCAUUCACGACCAGGAGGGUUACCUUGCCCCGCAUAAUGGACGCCUACUUAACGAGGAUAAGAACAAGAAUCUGUGCAACAAGAUGGUCAAUCGUCCCCUCCCUGCUCUCCCCACUCAAACUAACGGUCAGUCAGGCAGUCCUUGUAAAUACAAAAACUGGACAAGUAUGGACGAUGAUGUGCUAGUACCACGAAGGUCAAGGUCACGGGGGGACAACAUGGGAGACUCCCCCAAACGGAGGCCAGCUCGGCCAUUAAGUGAAGUAUUCUCUGACAAAAAACUUUCUAAUUUUCCCGGUGCUAGACUAGAUGAGCCUGGGUGUUAUAUGUACGGCUCACGGGAAAUGCAGACUCGUCAAAUACGAAACUCAAGGUCAGAGGGCACGCAGAUACAACAGCAAGUUCACUUACAGACUCAACAGUUUAUAAGUAACCACAGAUCCCCAAGUAAGCAGGAUGAUCACUCGUCGCCAUCUAAACAAGUCUUUAGGUACCAAAAUAACCAAAGUCCUUUCCAAGAACCCGGUUCCUACGAAAGUACAGAGGAUUCUAGUCAGCCCAACAAAUCACGUCCAGGACUGGAGUCGUUGAUGGGCCUGGAUCGGAGCCACAUUGAGGAUGAGACAUUACGUCACGCAUCAUGGUACCAGGCCGGGAUCCCGCGGGAGAUCGCCCUGGAGAUACUACAACAGGAGGAUAUAGGAUCCUUCAUCGUACGCGACAGCUCCACACAUCCGGGGUGUUACGCUCUCUCAGUCCGUGUCCCCAAAUUUGAAAACCCCACAGGGAUCUCACAUUACCUAAUAUUAAAGACACAACGGGGAGUCAAACUAAAGGGUCUGGAGAAGGAAUGGCCGGAUCUGAUUGCUCUAGUCACACAUCACACUGUCAUGUCAGAAAUGUUACCAUGUACGUUACGCCUGCCACAUAAAUCAACCAACCCGACGUUUAAAGAUAGUGACAAGGACGAGAAAGAAGAUGAUCCGGACUAUCAACGUCUUUCUGACUUCUCAUCCAUGAUGGACACCCUGAAAAUGUAGUCAUGUCUGGCCUCCGUAGCUACAGCAGUCAGCUCUGAAAAGCAAAUGUACUUGUUGUUACCAUGGUUACUAGUCACUACCACAAAUGUUGACCAAGUAUCUAGAAUUCAGUAACUAUGGAUACUACAGCCAUUACCAGGAUACUGACACAAUUUAGUUACCAUGGAUACUACAGUCGUAACUCUGGAUACAGACACAAUUUAGUUACCAUGGAUACUACAGUCACUACCACAAUUGUUAACAAAGUAUCUAGAAUUCAGUAACUAUGGAUACAACAGCCGUAACCCUGAAAACUGACACAAUUUAGUUACCAUGGAUACUACAGUCGUAACUCUGGAUACAGAUACAAUUUAGAUACCAUUGAUACUACAGACAAUACCCGUGAUACACAAAUUAGUUAAAACUACAGUUGUUACCCUGGACGCUGAAAAUGUAUUGUUCCUAAGGGUCAGAUAUAAUUUGUCCUGAAGGUUGUAUUUUCUAUCAAUCAGUACAAAAUUCAUUAAUCAGAUUACUGAUAUGAACUAUGUCCAUACACAAACAAGUACGGCUGGUAAUUCUGUGAUGUUAGGACAGUGUUGGGUCUGUGAGUAAAGGGAGGUAACUCUAACUUGGGAUUCAGAGAUUUUGAAUUUUUGUGGCUGAAAGACUUGCUGAUUGUUGGAUGUUUUUAAUGGGAGUUGCUGGAUGAUGUUUGGUUAUGAUGAGUGGAUAAAGCACUGCCCAGUCCAUGGUGUAUCCUCUCAGGCUACAGUCAUCAGAGGUCCAUCACUGAAGGAUAACGUAGUGUAAAAGUCUUCAUGUGAUUGAUCCCGCCUCCAACACACAUAACAUAAACUGACACUAGCUCCUGUUCGGGGAUACAUUAUUACAACAGCUAGUUGUAGGAACUAAUAUGGUCCAGUUGUCAGGGACCGAUGGUUGCAGUUACCAGGAGUGACCAAUUCAGUUGUUAGGACUGGUGCAGUCCCCAGUUGUCAGGAGUGAUCGGUCAACUUGUCGGGCAGUCAAAUUCUCGGCAAUGUGACCAGUUUUAAGGACAAAUCCGGUCCAGGAGGCGAGACAGAUGCCAUUUACAUGGUUAGGAAGAUUCAUAUCCAGUCAAAACAAUGAACAUGUCAAAUAUUUUGACACAAAUUGUGGAACAAUUUUGAAUUUCUAGUGUUUAUUUUGCAAUAUGGCAUUAUACAUUAGUUUAGGCGGUAUUACAUCAGGGAUCAUUACACACACAUCAAUCACAUGGAAUUCAGGGGCAAGUAUAGCAACGCCAUUCAUUGGGAAAUAAUGUCACAGUGCAAACAUCAUCAUUAUAUAAACGUGUGUUUGUGAUUGAACACUGAACAUAACAGAAACGGUGAACAUUCAGGAUGGAACCUUCAGGGUCUACAAGACGUGACAUUCAUCACCGAUAUGUGUUUACUUUCGCAGUUGGAUAAACAUGAUGUUUAUUGCGGAUGUGUAUGACUGGAAAUAAUCUGCCAGCCAGGUGCAGAUGAAGCUGUGAUAUUAGAUAUGUAUAAGUGUCCAUGUGUAUAUUGGGGUUCAAAGUUUUAAAAUGUACAAGUAUACAAUAUAUUGUAAGGUAUACUUGAUGUAUUGAACUUUAAUGUAAGAUAUUGUAAGUCAUGAAGGAUACUGUACAAUGUACUACAAUGUAUUCAUAUGAACAUUGUAAUACAUUGUACAUACAAUGUAGUAGUUUAAUAUGUAUGUGUAAUAUAACUUCAGUAGAUGAGGAGAAAUGUUUGAUUCUUGCCUUGGAAAAACCCAAUCCUCCCCAAACCUCAAUGGAUCAGUCCUUGUGCGGUGUUAAAAAUAGCCUGACCCUCCCAUAUCCUCAGUGGAUCAGUCCAUGUCAGGUGAAUAUUACUUAAUCAGUCGAACAGUUCAUUGUUAGUAUUAGGGAGUGCAGUUGUAACAAGUUUCAUCACAUAUUUGUUCAUUUCUUUCAUUUGCAGCUAUAAUGACGAUGUAUGCCUGGUUAAACCUGGCAAUCAUUAUCUAAUUCGGGGCUAACUACAAUGUUAUGUUACAGCAACAUCAGUUACAGUGAAGUCGACAGCCAAAAUUUCAAUGGCAUUUAAAGUCAAGGGAAAUAACUCUAACAAGAACAUAAAAGCAGAAAUACUUAAGUGUAAGAUAGAUUCAUCCCUAACAACGUUCUGUGAGUACAUAAAUAUAUAAAUACUAGCUUACAGGUAGAUUUUGGAAAUAAAAAAAAAAACAAAAAAUUUCAUAGUAAGAACUGAAUGAAUCAUUAGCCCUGACAAAUAUCCGGGACAUCAAACUGGUGUAUUGUACAGCUGUUUGUAGUUAUAUAUAUAGAAACAAGUGCUGACAAUGAUACAUAGCAACACAUCCGAAUACUGUGAUAUAUAUAAUUAAUGUGAAACAUCACAGAAUUGAGAUAUAAAAAAAUAUGUGAAACAUCAGAGAAAUGUGAUAUAAACAACGUGAAACAUCGGAGUAUGAUAAUAUAAAGAACGGAGUUUUACCUGUGUCUUAAUUAACGAGGAGAUAUAUCACCAAUACUGGUCUUCAGGUGAAUGCCUUGUGUCAUCAGGUUCAGUGUUAUUUUCAUAUUUCAAAACUAACUAAACAGAGUUUAUAGAGCCAUCAGUCACACGUUCAUUUCUUUGUAAUUUGUCAUAUCAUGCAUUCGUUGUAUAAAAUAUUAUGGCUGUUUAUUACAAAAUAUAUCAUCAUCAUCAUCGUAGAAAGUGUUGAUCUAAUAAUACAGUCAAACCUGUGUAUAAAGGACACCCAAGAGACAAGGCAAAUAUGUCCUUUAUUGAGAGGUGUCCUUUGUAUAGAUGGUAACUUUUUUCAGAUACGAUAUUUCUACUGUUGGUUGAAAAGCCUGGCAUUACGUCUAUCGGUGCACUGUAAUAGGACGUUGCCUAACGGUUGACCAUUUCAGUAUAAUGGAUUCUCCCUGGAUUGAUGUCUCAGAAUCUACACAAUAUAUACUCUUUAUAUUACACCCUGUGUUAAAUUUAGAAUUGUUUCAGAAAUGAAAAUGUUUUAUUUGAAGUUGUUGAACCUAAGUCAUGUUAGCUCGGACCAUUGUAGCCCUCUGUGUGCUGAAAACAUUCUUUAAACAGAUAAUUGGUUGAUGUUUUAUACACAUCAUACUUAAAUAUAUUUCUAUUAAAUUUAGUCUAAUUAAAUGUGAGAUCUCUACAUGUACAUGCAUGGCUUUAUGAUGAUCUGACAGAGCCUGGUUAGAAUGACUGUUCAGUUGACCUUUUCUGAUUAGCAUAGGUUAUUUGUUAGCAUCCAAUCAGAUCACACUUCCUUCUUCCAAAUUGCUAUGGCAAUAGUAUGGAUUCAGUAGAUAGUGUUUACAAUUGUACACAUCAUAUUUUAGCGUCAGAAACCUGGCAGCAUUUAUUUGAUUGGUCGAUACAUGACCCUGUUCACUGGAGCAGUGAUUUGAUUGGUUGAAAUAUGAUCGUGGUCAUUAGAACAGUGAUUUGAUUGGAGCUCCUUCAGAUCUGCUUACAAGUUUGUAAGUACAGUGAGGAAUCUGGUUUUAAUUAAAAGAAACUUAAUCUUACUCUACUCCAUAUAAACAUUAUCCAGGAUUUUAAUGUCUGAUUAUCUGAAAGGAUUUCAUUGAUUUUACUAGUACACUUCAUUGAUGGAGUUUGGCCAUGAUUUUACAAAUGUAUCUGUUCCUUUAGAGCUUCCAAACAAACAUGUGAGGCAUGUUGCUAUGGCUGUUUACGUUGUUUUAACUACUUCCUGUUUACGUUGUUUUAACUACUUCCUGUUUAAGUUGACCUUUGUUGUGGCCUUAUUUACCCUGUCAUGGAUGUAAAGUGUGAUUGGGUAGUCAAUGUUUACCAGUUGUAUGAUUCGGGAGAAAAUUGUCAUGUGACAUUAGUAUAUGAAGUAAAUGAACUUUGACCUAAAGAUGGAGUGAACUAUGAUCGAGUGAAUGUUUUAUGAGGUUGAAUGAACUUUCAAAUGAGCUGGAGAGAAUGAGGAGUGAGUUUGGCUGAGAAUUUGCUAGAGGAUUAAAAAUUGAUACAGAUGUGAGAUUGAAUGUUUUUGUGAAGGUGAAUUAAAUAAUGUGUCUGUCAGCCUUGAUAAAUUACAGAAACAAUUUAUAAAUCACAGUUCAUUAGACAAAAUCAGGGCUUGAAGACAGAUUAUUUCAUGCACAUUAUGAUGUACGAAUGAUAAGUUAUAUUAUUUUUAGUAGAUUUGAUUGCAUGUUUUAGCAUUAAGAGUUGUAGAGUAUUGUGUUCUACUCAUUCCCAGAAAACAGUUUAAAGUUGUUGUACUUUAACUGCUGUAGAUUUUUGUUUUUGUGUAUUGUCAAUAAAAUCUCGCGAUACUGAAGAAUGUAUAAAUCUUAAUAACAGGUUGACAGUUCACUACUUUCCUGUCCUAACUAGGAACAUACAGUUUUAUCACAAGUGUGUAUCACAUGAUACCUGUGUGUGUAUCAUGUGAUACACAUGUGACCAUGUCAUGUGUGUAUCAUGUCAUGUGUGUACCAUGUGAUACACAUACAUUAUACAUGUGGUGUGUGUACCAUGUGAUACACGUAUGUGUAUCAUGUCAUGUGUGUACCAUGUGAUACACAUACAUUAUACAUUCGUACAUGUGGUGUGUAUACCAUACAGUGUGUAUACCAGGCAAUACAUGUACAUUAUGAUAGUUAUAAACCUACACAGGACUGUUUCUAGGAGUGAAUAGAACACAUCUUUUCUGUUUGUUAGUAUAUUUAUAUAGAAGAUUGUUGAAUGUUUAUUUUGCGUUUUUUGCCAAACCUGUGAUUGUUUAUAAGAAGGGUGUGACACCUGUGUAGUAACACUGAUCUUGCCCAAUACAAGUCAUAGAGAAAGUA